CGGAUGGUUAGCCCCUAGCACCCGUUCUCGAAGCCGAUAGAAGGUUGUGAAGAAGUUUUGCUAGUGGAGUCUGCGCCCUAAGAAGUUGAUUUAGAUCUGAUUGAUAUAUAUCCAUCUAGAAGUACGUAGAUUGGUAUAUUUGGCGUUAAGACCUGGCGUUUGCAUUCUACUAUCAUAAUAAGCUGGUUCGGAUCGGAAACUUAUGGAUAAGAGAAAGCUGUAGUUGUAGAGACGGUAACGGUUAUCGCCGAGUGAUGUCAUCAUCCUAUUGCUUGCUAUGCUGUAAUAAUGACGGUGUUUGGAUCUCGGACCGUGGCCGCCUAACCAGCAAUUUAACUUACUACUAUAUCGCGAAUGAUCACUCCUAGAAUCCCAACAUGCCAGAAACGUUCAAAGCUAUUCUAAGUAGGAUCAGCAACGAUCUAGAUCAACGACGAGCUGAUCUAACCGGCCUCGAAACGGAAUUCUCCCGCCGCAGAGGAACAAUCGCGCAGCACACAAGAUCCGAUUGCAUCGAGUUACAAGCCUUCGACAUUUGUACCGACAUCUGCAAACUAGCCCUCGGGGAUUUGAGUAUAAUGGAUGCUAUUAUAAGAGCGAGAUUAAGGGAGCAGUCUAAGGUAGACUGUCGCCUUCAGAGUUGGAAAUUCGCUCAGAGUCUGGUCUUUAGGGACGGAAACAUAUAUUUGAACUCGAUUGGGUUUAAUAUCUGUACUAAAAUCAGCCACUUCAAAGCUCACGGUUGCAGACUUGGAAGUAGUUCGCGGAAUGACACUUAUGUGGGAACUGAAAACAAGAACCAUGAAAUAGACAGUGCUACGCAACAGCAACGGACGACCGACAAGGAAACAACAGGGAACGGCGGACGCCUUGGAGCUGGAUGUGUCAGAGGGGACACAGGUCCACGUAUCAUGACCAUGGGAGACCUUUUAAACAAAUCAGCUCAAUCGGCUGAGCCACCGCCAGCGGCGGCAAAACCAUUAACCAAACGUCGGCCAAAUCACAGCCUGCAGAUAGUUUUAGCGGCUCGCUUCGUCCAGGACAAUUCAGAGUUACCCUUUCCUCGAUUAUUGGACUACCUCCAUAGUUUGUGUCUAUUUGUUUAG